UUUAUAGAUUAACAAUAAAUUAGUUUACUAAAAACAAUCAUCAAAAUACAAAUAUUUUGCAUAUCAUGUAAUUUUAACUUAUAUUGAAUAAUGGCUGAUAAAACAAAGAAAUUUAUUAAAGGACACAAUGUUUUAAAAGGGAAAUCAAGUUCAAAGCAAGUAAAUAAAGUCAAUAAAGUGGAAAAAAAAAGGCAUGAAGAAUUGGAAGCUGCUGCUGUUUUAGAUGAAUAUAUUGCAGACUUUCAAACAUCUGCUGCAGCAGGAAAGGCUUUUGUGAGAGCAGGAAUAAUUGAUCCAAAUAAAUCCAUUGCAAUUGAACCUAAAUUAGCACCAGAGGAGGAAAGUUAUGACACUAGUAGAUUGUAUAAGCCAAAGUCAAAAAUGGCUGAAUUGGCUGAGGAGUUUAAAAAAAGCAAGGAAAUCACAGAGGAAUAUAAGACUUCAAAACUUGAUUUAAGCAAAAAAAAGACGGGUGAGAAAAGGAAAAGCAAUUUGGAAUUAUUUAAAGAAGAAUUAGAAAGGUCUCAAAAAGAACGAGAUAUUAGAAGAAAAUUGAAAAAAGGUGAUUUAUCAGGAAUAUCAGAAGAAAUGCUGAAUGCUUUGCCGCCUACUUUUUUUAAGCCAAAAACUACUGAAGAUAUAGAUGAGAUGAAUUAUCAGUAUGAAGGAGGUUCUAAAGACAAUGGAGAUCCUACAACAACAAAUUUGUUUGUCAGCAACCUUAAUCCAAAGAUGAAUGAAGAACAAUUAUGUAAAAUAUUUGGAAAGUAUGGCCCUUUGGCUAGUGUAAAAAUAAUGUGGCCGAGAACAGAAGAUGAAAAAUCACGUAAUAGAAAUUGUGGUUUUGUUGCUUUUAUGGUGAGGAAAGAUGGUGAAAAAUGCUUAGCUGAUAUAGAAGGAAAAGAUGUCAUGGAUUAUGAAAUGAAAAUAGGUUGGGGCAAGUGUGUACCAAUUCCUCCUAUGCCUAUUUAUAUUCAUCCAUCUCAUUCAACAGCUGUUCGACCUCCUAAACAAUCUGGGCUUCCAUUUAAUUGCCAGCUAUCAUAUUCAUUGAGAAAAAGUGGUGUCGAAUUUGAUGGGAAUUUAGAAAAUACUGUCGUCAAAGUUGUAAUUCCUACAGAAAGGUUGGUAGUGUCUUUAAUUAAUCGUGUUGUCGAAUUUGUGGUACGUGAAGGACCUAUGUUUGAAGCAAUGAUAAUGAAUCGAGAAAUAUCAAAUCCAAUGUUUCGGUUUUUGUUUGACAACAAAAGUAAUGAACAUAUUUAUUAUCGAUGGAGAGUUUUCUCACUUUUGCAAGGAGAUACUACUCAUUUAUGGCAGCAAAAAUGCUUUAGAAUGUUUAAAGGUGGCUCUCUAUGGCAACCACCUCUUAUGAACCCAUUUGCUCCGACAAAUAUAUCUGGUUUAACUGCAUCUGCUUCAUUAGCAUCAGUUUCAUCAGCUAAUGUGCAUAGUCUUGUAAAAGGUGAUACCUCUCCAACACUGGCUAUGAAGAAAAAUAUGUUGUUGGAACAUUUAUUGAGCAAAUCAGAAGCAGAAGAUAAACCAGUUGAAAAAAAGGUUUUAUCUGAUAGGCAACGAGAUAACCUUGAGGAUCUUUUACGUACUGUAUCCACUAACAGAUCAAAAAUAGGAGAAUUAAUGUUGUGGGCAAUUGAUCAUGCAGAAUAUUCAGAUGAAAUUGUUGAGUGUAUAUGUGAAUCUUUAUCUAUUUUGGAAACACCGUUGUCAACAAAAGUUGCAAGGUUAUUUGUCGUAAGUGAUAUCCUACAUAACUCCAGUGCUAAAGUUAGGAAUGCUUCUAGUUUCAGAAAAGCUUUCCAAGGAGAACUUCUUGUUGUCAUGGAAAACAUGCACAAAGCUUUAACUACUUGCAGUACCAAAUCGCAAGCUGAAAAAUUCAGAAAACAAGUUUUAUCAUGUUUAGCAGCAUGGCAAGAUUGGUCAAUUUACCCACCAGGGUUUUUGAUAAAUUUGCAAAAUGUAUUUGUUGGAAUAUCAACUGCAGAGUCAGUUAAAAAAGAAGAAUCACAGUUGCAUAACAAUGCUUUGAAAACAAACGAUGUUGUUGAUGAUGAUCUUGAUGGAGAACCUCUUCCAGAUGAUAUUGAUGGUGUUCCGCUCUCAAAAGGAGACCAAGAUAUAGAUGGCAUUGCUGUUGAUGAUAUAGAUGGUCUACCGCUCACAAAAGAAGGAGGUUCUCGUUGGGAAAAUGACGCGGGCAAUACAACACAAUGGGGAAAAGAUGAUCCUUUAUCAUCCUCUCGUUGGGCUCGUGUAGAUAAUGAAGACGAUGCUAAACCAGCUACAAACUCAAACAAGUGGGAAAAAGUGGAAGGGGUUAAACUUGGCAAAAGUCAUAGCGAAGAAGAUUUUGAAAAUAAAACCACAAUAAAUUCAGGUGACAAUAACAUUACCAAACGAAGUGUCACCCCCACAUUAGACAAUGAUGAAGAGAGAAGGAAAUUUUUAAGAGAUGUUGAAGUGAAAGUUAUGCGGUUUGUGGAUAAAUUAGAACAACGAGGUGGCAACCGUUCCGGACUAAAUAUACAAAAAGAGGCUGCUAAAUUUCGAAAACAGCUAAUUACGGAAUAUGAAGAAUCUUUAUCACGCGAACAAAAACGUAAUCGUAAGCGCGAACAGCGCUCAAUAUCUCCAGAAAGUUCAGAAUCAAGAAAAAGAAAAAGAAGGAAAAGCUCUUCUUCUGGUACAUCAGAUUCAGAGUCAACUGGAUCUGAAAAUUUGGAUGCAUCACGUAAUGGAAGACGUUUAUCUCGAUCGCGUUCCCCACGGUUAUCUCCAUCUAGAAAGAGAAGUUUUUCAAGAUCACCUAGACCUCGCUCACCUAUAUUUAGUGAUCGAUCAAAGUCACCAUCAAGUAGAAGUUUAUCACGUAGAUCAAGUUCUUUCUCAGAAUCGCCGCAGCGUAGAAACACGAAUCGCUCGGUUUCCCCUAGAUCACGCGGACGAUCUCCGACUUCUAAAUUUGAUCGAUCUUCGUCGCCUCAGAAUUAUUCACCGAAAAGAAUCGCGUCGGCUGUGACAAAAAGUGCAAAGAAAAAGAAGAGUAAAAAGAAACGAUAGUUUUAGUUAAACCUGCGAAAUGGUUAUAUGGUAGAAUAGCAUCGUGGUGAAUGUGGAUGCUCGGCAAAUAUAAAUUGUAAAGACAAUGUUUUUAUUUGACAUCUUUAAGACUAAUGAAAAGUUAGAACAUUAAAAACGAACUAGUAACUUACCGGUUACCUAAGAAAAUAUUUAAUCGUUUAAAUUUUUUUUAACAAAUUAUUCGUUUAAAUGCUUUUGAGCAUAAAAAAAGGAAUAGUUUCAUUAAUAAA